UUUCAGGCCAAAGAAGGAGAAGAGAAAUGGGCAAGAGACUAAAAGUUAUGGUGAAGGAGGGAAAAAAUUUGGCUGUUCGAGACCUUAGGAGCAGCGAUCCCUACGUCGUCCUCAAAUUUGGUCCUAAUGUGGCUUCCACUCGUGUGGUGAAGAAAAACCUCAAUCCAGUUUGGAAUCAAGAGUUCAUAUUCCCUGUCAUGGAUGAUAACCAUUUACUCAAACUGUAUGUGUGGGACAAGGAUAGAUGGGGACGUGAUGACAAGAUGGGUAAAGCUGAAAUUGAUGUGAGAGGUGUAAUGGAGAAAGAUCUGAAUUCUGACAAGGUGGUUUCUCCAUGCAAGGAAAACUUCUUGUACAAAGACAGCCAUAUUGUCCAGCGUCAAGAUGGGGGAAAAGUGCAGGAAGCAUGCUUGCAGCUUCGAAACGUUGAGAGUGGAUUUUUGACCAUACAAUUAGAAUGGCCUCUGUAAAAUUAUAAAGUUUCACUAAUCAAGCUGCCAUACGUAUGAUUUAAAUCAUUUCUAUAUAAAAUCAAAUUUUGUAAGGUGUAAGAUAUGUAUAUUU